UCUAAAAUCUACAUCGACUGACUGCAGCCCUAACUCCGCGUCUGUGAUGUGACCGCUGACUGCACAAAAUCUGACGCUGGUGCGCAUGAUGGAGGAACUUUUACGCACACAGGAAGCUUGGGCUCAGAACGUUUCCUGGUACAAUUCCAGUGAUAUAAACAGCACCAAUUUAGGGAACAACACGGUAAACCCCUUAAAGCGAAACGAAGAAGUAGCCAAAGUGGAAGUUACUGUCCUGGUACUGGUGCUGCUGCUCGCUCUGACCGGCAACCUGUGCGUCCUGUGGGCUAUCCACACCACCAAGCACAGCCAUUCUCGGAUGUAUUACUUCAUGAAGCACCUGAGCAUCGCAGAUCUUGUCGUGGCGGUGUUCCAGGUCCUGCCGCAGCUCAUCUGGGACAUAACCUUUCGCUUUUACGGACCUGAUUUCCUUUGCAGGCUGGUCAAAUACCUCCAGGUUGUUGGCAUGUUUGCGUCAACCUACAUGCUGGUCCUGAUGUCCAUCGAUAGAUGCUUAGCGAUCUGCCAGCCGCUUCGCUCGGUGCACAAGGGGAAAGAUCGCUUCUGUGUGAUCGCAUCUUGGAUCCUCAGUCUGAUUUUCAGUACCCCACAAGCCUACAUCUUUUCUCUCAGGGAGGUCGGGAGUGGCGUUUACGACUGCUGGGGGGACUUCGUGCAACCCUGGGGUGCCAAAGCCUACAUCACAUGGAUGAGUCUGAGCAUUUACAUUCUUCCAGUAGCGAUAUUAAGCAUCUGCUACGGUCUGAUAUGCUUUAAAAUAUGGCAGAAUAUCAACAUGAAAACCAGGAGGGAGCACUUUUUGGCACUCACGCCGAGGCCAUCCAAGGGCGCACAUCCACUGUCACGCGUGAGCAGCGUCAGACUCAUUUCUAAAGCCAAGAUCCGCACCGUGAAAAUGACAUUUGUGGUGGUCAUCGCAUAUAUUGUGUGCUGGACUCCUUUUUUCUUUGUCCAGAUGUGGUCUGCAUGGGAUCCUGCUGCACCAAGAGAAGACAUGGCCUUCAUCAUCUCCAUGUUGCUUGCGAGCCUGAACAGCUGCUGUAAUCCCUGGAUCUACAUGCUCUUUGCUGGUCACCUGUUUCAUGACCUGAUGCGGAGCUUCUUCUGCUGCUGCAGACACUAUCUGGCGGACUCUUCCUGCCGCUGCGAUCAGCAGUGCAGGCACAAAAGUGGCUCCUCCACUUUCGUCAUCAAGAACGGCAGCAGUAUGAGGAGUUUGACUCACACUUCCAGCACAGUGGGGCCUGCGCAUUGA